GAACCAGAGUAAAGGAAAAUAGAAAAUGUAUCAUUUUCAACUUUGAUAAUGAAAUGACGUUAUUUUGAAGAGCUUUGUAUAUAAGUACUUUAGGAAAUAAUUAUAAUUUUUAUAUUAUAUUUAGUACUAGUUGCAUCAGAAAAAUAAUGUACCAAAUCGAAAUUUUGAGGUUCUUCAUCUGAUUCUAAUCUCUCAUUUUCAUGCAAUUCAGAUAAUGAAAUGAUAUGAUAUAAUGGCUUACAGGGCAAGGCUUCAGAAAUUUGAUGACUUAAUCUCUGAGGAUAUUAUAGAUUUGAGUGAAUUGAAGUCUGUAGCAUUUCAUGGUAUUCCUGAUGACCAAGGAUUGAGAUCAUUAUGUUGGAGGUUAUUAUUAAACUAUUUACCUCCAGAAAGAGAAUUAUGGGAUUCAUUUCUUUUGAAAAAGAGGGAUUUGUAUAGGCAAUUCAUAGAUGAAAUGAUUGUGAUGCCCGGAUCAAAAGAAGAAAAUGGGGAUGUGACAUUUAACGAUCAUCCUCUAAGUAACAACCCUGAUAGUCAAUGGCAAACUUUCUUCAAAGAUAAUGAAGUGCUUCUUCAAAUUGAUAAGGAUGUCAGGAGGCUGUGUCCAGAUAUAUCAUUUUUUCAACAACCAACCGAAUUCCCAUGCACAAAAAUCGUAGAUAGUAAAGAAGAAAUUAGAUUACAUAAAAGAGUACAGCGUUGUGUCCUUAAAUCUGCUAAUGUAGAAAGAAAGGGCUUAGGAAUCACAAAGAUUGCUUUGACUAGAAGAAAGGCCAAUGAAGAUUAUGCUCCUAUGACUGAAGGUAAAGAAGCUCAUUGGGAGGUGGUGGAAAGGAUCCUCUUUCUGUAUGCCAAAUUAAACCCUGGGCAGAGCUACGUUCAAGGAAUGAAUGAAAUUGUUGGACCUAUUUAUCAUGCUUUCGCUUCUGAUCCCGAUAUCAAUUACAGGGAACAUGCCGAAGCAGAUUGUUUUUUCUGCUUCACGAAUCUAAUGUCUGAAAUCAGAGAUUUCUUCAUCAAAAGUCUAGACGAGACAGACCAUGGUAUAAAUAAGAUGAUGAAUAAGAUGCUCAAUCACCUUAAAAUUUAUGAUAGAGAUGUUUGGUUUAAACUUCAACAGUUGGAUCUGAAGCCACAAUAUUAUAGUUUCAGAUGGAUCACUUUGCUUUUGUCUCAAGAAUUUCCACUUCCGGAUGUUUUGAGAAUUUGGGAUUCUUUGUUCUCAGAUGAAAGUAGAUUCGAUUUCUUGAUAAACGUAUGCUGUGCUAUGAUUAUAAUACUCAGAGAAAGGCUCUUGCAAGGAGAUUUUCCAUCUAACAUAAAACUUCUGCAGAGUUUUCCACCAAUGGAUGUUCAGAUUAUUUUAUCAAAAGCUAUAGAUCUCUCUAAAUUUGAGCAUUAGGUUAUGUCAAAUUUUAGCCGAUAAGAGCAAUUUUUCUAAAGGGAUAUAUAAAUUUCGUACAUUUUUAAGUCCUGAAAUAUUUCAGGUAUACCAGGUGAUAUUAUAUUUGCCAUUAUCAUAUUUUAUUUUGUUAUUAAAUAUUAUUUAUAUCAAAAAAUAUUUUUUUCGAGCAAAGGUUCAUCAAAAUCUUAAUAAAUAAUAAAUCUCGAAUUGUUAAUUUCAUCGAAAUUGAAUAUUUUCUAUUUUUAAAACUGAAGUAACUAUGCGACAUCAAAUAAAUGUAAUAAUAAUUCAAUUAAGCGACAAAUAUACUUGUAGGCAAUAAUAUACUUUCCUCAUUUGUAAGUGAGAAAUGAAUAUUUUUUUAAAGGUAAUUUUUCUAUUGAGAAUGUUUGUCUCAAAUAAUUGCUUUUGCAUAGUUCUAUAAUAUUCAAUAGUUUGAUUUGAUAUUCUAACUUUUCCACCACUGGAAGGUUUUGUUUGUUAUUAUAGUUUUUGAUGUUUACACUAUUUUUUAUAUAAUUUUGCUCACAUUCCUAUACAUAUAUCAUUUGUUAUCAUGACAAAAUUUGUAAUUGUUGAAAUCACUUUUUGUGAUUGAUCUGAAUUUUGUGUUAAUAAAACACUUAUAUAUUUC